AAAUACCUUCCUCUCUCGAUAGAUCUUAUUCUCUCUUUUCUGUUAUCUCCACAAGAUCAGAGUCGAAACAGUUCUUAAAAAGAAAACGUGAUCUCCUGACUUCUACCACUGAAGAUGGAAAUAUACUGCGGCACACAAACAUGGCCUGAACACUCUGACUCAGAGCAAGAUCAGUUAGCAGAAGAAGAUGAAGAUUUGUCUUUCUGUGAUCUCCCGGUCAUUAGCUAUUUUACCAAAGAAGACGAUGGCCAAUCAAGAAAAGAAGAUGCUUCGGCCGCUGAAACCCAGGAAUUAGAGUUCGAUUUCGGCGCAAAGGGAGGCUCAACUUUGAAAGAAUCAGUAAUGUGUGCGGCCGACGAGGUUUUCUUUCAAGGCCGAAUCCUUCCACUACGCGUCUCGGUCAGCUCAGACACUGGGUUAACCCUUUUCCCGCAUGAAAGCAGCCAGAAGAUCAGUACCCAGUGCAUAUCAAGGUCCGAGUCCCCGGACCAUGGUUCAAUGGGUACUGGGUCAGGGUUCAAUAGCAACAAUAGCAGCAGAAGCAGCAGUACUAGAAGUUCUCACAACUCAUCAGGCAGCUGCACUACCGGCUCGACCUAUACCAUCGAGCGAACUUCCAAGCAAACGAGAGUCCAAAACCAUCUUCUUUCAUGCCCAAGUCCCAAACCCCAGGCCAGACUUUCCAAUACUCGACAAGGAAGUCUCGAUAGUCGGAGCCGGAACUCAUCCUCACGGGACUAUUUACGGCUGGGUUUGGUUCCUACUCCUGAGAUUGAAAUGCUAGACCUUAAAGUUCGUAGAAGCAGCAGUGUCAACAAAAGUGUUAGCAGUAGUAGAAAUAGUAGGGUCACUUCCGAAAAGAGCUGUUAUGAUUCCGACAUGGUAGAGCAGAGGAGGCCUGCAGGAUUCUUGGAGAAAAGAAUCGGACGACUGUUGAGUAGUUGUAAGUGUACAGAGGCAGUUUCGUCAAACGUUGUCAUCAUGAAGAGUAAUGCAAAUGUCGCAACGCAAACCAAGAAAGAAAAUCUGGUGGGGUUGAAGCUGAGGAGGAAGCAAUUGCAAGAACAAAAGCAGCAGGGAAAGCAAGCCAUGUCGAGUCAUCGAACAUUUGAAUGGAUAAAGGAGCUUUCGCAUGCAGGGCUUCUGGCUCCUUGACUUUGAGGAUCAGACUCGUUAACAAUAUGCAUCACAUCGCAUGCCUGUGUACUCCCUUAAGUUUCAUUGUCUUUUCGUUUUGGCUUAUCCUUUAGUUAAUUAGAUUAUGAUAUUGCAGUGGGGCUCUUUUAUCAAGAACUCUUUCUAGAGCCAGCUUCUAUAUAUUCACUUUUAUCUCCAUGGUUAUAAUAUAUAUAUAUAUAUAUAUGGUAUUGUUGAUCAA